GUUUGCGGUCGAUAUUUAAAGUGUGAAAAAGGGGAAACGGCGUCAACAAAGAGCGAAGGGAAAACGGAGAUGUACUGGGACUCUUUCAUCAAAGCAGGAGACAGAAACUUGGACACCAAAGACGCGAAAAUAAAGAUGGAGGUUUGUCAGACUGGAUAUUACACAGAAGACUUCAGGACACAGGAAGUGCCAGCUGGCUUUGACUUUGCAUCAUAUGACUACCCUGGUGAAGACCUGUCUUUUCUGUUAGACAGUAAAGCGCCCGCACAGCAGCAGUACGUCACAGAAAGCAGCUACGCAGAGCCGCCAAAAGCUUCUCAUCCGUACGACACAAAAGUAAGCAGCAGCGACACAGCCCUCUUCAACCUGGACUCGUACCAGGAGUUCAACUGGUGGGCUUCAUAUCCUCAUGAUGGGCUGACAGUGGACCAGCCUCAAACGGGAUACCAGGAGUCUCCACAGACAUACCAGAGCUUGGUGCCCCAGAACCCAGGACAAUUCAGCCCGGCCAUGGAGGGCAGCAACAGCUCCUUUGUGCCUGCAAAAGGAUCAAAUACGUUACAAAGUGAGACAGAUCAAACCUUCUCUUGUCACUCAGCUGAACUCUACAGCUCAGACAGGCAGAGGCAGUCCUCAUCCUUCUGGCCUGAGUACUCCUCCCCGAACUUCACAGCCCCCCUACCACACCCGCCUACAGCCUCCUCAAGCCUCAGUCCUCAGUCCACAGAGCAGUACUGCCCUCGUGUGGUCAAACGCAAAAAUGCACACCCGCAGAGGCCAGAGAGGGAGGGCCAGAUUACUGGAAUGUCAGCUUAUCCAGGUUCUGGUCCAAUCCAGCUGUGGCAGUUUUUACUGGAGUUACUUCUGGACUCAUCCUGCCGCACCUUCAUCUCCUGGACAGGAGACGGCUGGGAGUUUAAGAUGUCUGACCCCACAGAGGUGGCAAAGCGCUGGGGACAAUGCAAGAACAAACCCAAGAUGAACUACGAGAAGCUGAGCCGUGGCCUCCGUUACUACUACCACAAAAACAUCAUCCACAAGACAGCGGGCAAACGCUACGUCUACCGCUUUGUCUGCGACAUGCAGGGCAUGCUGGGAAAGACAGCACAGGAAGUCCUGACUAGUCUAAAUGUUUUGCCCACAAACACUGAGUCCUGGCAGUGCCCCGGGGUACAGGCGGCUUCAUCGUCAGAGCACAGCAGUGAAACAUGGGCGUCACAGUAAGGGAGCAGGUGCUGAGGACUGAGAGUGAUGAGCACACCUUGAUGAACUGCAGCCUAAAGAUUGAACGCUACCUCCUGACUUGAGGAAGCAGAAUCUUUACGGGGUGAUGUUGUAAACUGAUGGCCGGAAAAAUUACGCAAACUCGUAAAUCUGUGAUGAUGGGGUCUCUAGAAAUGGGGAAAACCUCAUGCUCAUAGAGUGUUUUCCUAUUAUAUCUCAGGUUUUCAUAUUUUAUAAAGAAAAGAAAUCAUUUCAAAGUUUCUUGGUUGUGUAAAGACUGAAAAGGCAAUGGAUAGUGAAAUCGGGAGGGAUAUAAGGACACAUUUUCAAGCUUGAUAAACAAAUCUGUUGUGCUGUAAUGUACAGGGUUUUUUUUUAGUCAUUUGGAAGGCUUGAGCAAAGACCAGGCAAUACAAGGCUCUUCUCCAUGUAGCUUAAGCAAUCAAACUACAGGAGAACCUAAAUACCCAACAAGACCUGCUCAUCAGCUUUAGAAGACCAUCACAACAAAGUCUCCUCAUCAAAAUAGUAUUACAUGUCCAUGGUCCAGGUGUUACAUAUAAAAUGUAAAAUAUAUGCUCAAUAUCAUAUUUUUAUUUAUUACGUGCCAUUUUACUACAGUUAUCCACCAAUUCCUUUUCUCAAUAUGUCCAUAGGGAUCUUCUGGACUGUAAUUUGCUUGAUAUGGACAUUUGGGGACUUUUUCUGGCCUUUUUUAGAAAAUCAAACUUUAUUUUGGUGCUAUUUUAUUCACUCUCGAUCGCUUAUUUAAACUUAGAGUGCAUGUGUAAAUCAUGUAAAAUCAUAUGAGAUGAAUUACUAUCUCAAGGCUUCGUGUACAAGACCUCAGGAAGCUGUCUACUUGUGCCGUUCCUAGUGAAACAUGUAAAUCUGUCAGACAUUAUAUUAGUUAGGAAGUGACUGAAUGUGAUUAUGGGAUGUUUUCUAACAGUAGUUAAAAGGAUAGGAAUUUUGUGGUAACUCGAAAUGUACCUGAUGUCCUCCUGGAUUCACCAUCAAUUGUUGUUUUGCCUUUUGAUUAAUCUGAGGCUUUAUGAAAGCACAAUUAUUGACAUAAUCUUCCAGUUUACAUGACCCAUACGUGGAGAACUUGUUAAAAAGCUACUACUACACAAGAGCUAGCCAGUGGCAUUUUAAGCACUAGAAACAUUUUUAUUUGUCUUUUGCCAUUCUUGGUUAGUUCUCUGAUUUGUAAAUAGUGUUUAUAAAGUAGGGAUGUAGGGUUUUGUGCAUUUAUAUUACUUUUUUAUACAAAACUCAAGUCUACCUCUUUUGCUAUUCAGAGAAACAUAAACUGAUACGAUUUUCAGGCACUCACUGUGAAAGUUUCAGCUUGUGUUUAUAUUGUUCUUGUAAAUAAAGUGUAUAUUAUAAACA